CGUCGCAAACAGCUUCGGUUUCUUCCUCUAAAACCUCUUAUAAAUUUACACAAUGAACUAUAGUUCUGCUUCUCUUUACGUCGGAGACUUGCACGAAGAAAUUUCUGAAGCUCUCUUGUUUGACCUUUUCCAUGAAGUUGGUCCAAUUAUUUCCAUCCGUAUCUGCAGAGAUGCUAUGACUCGUAAAUCUCUUGGAUAUGCUUAUGUAAAUUUCCAAAAUCCACAAGAUGCCGAGAGAGCUCUCGAUACCUUGAAUUAUGCUAGUGUAAAGGGUAUUCCAAUCCGUAUUAUGUGGUCACAAAGAGAUCCAUCAAUUCGUAAAAGUGGUAUUGGAAAUAUCUUCAUCAAGAACUUGGAUAAAUCAAUUGAUAACAAGGCUCUUUAUGAUACAUUCUCUGCCUUUGGUAACAUUUUGUCCUGUAAGGUUUGUCAAGCAACAAAGAAGGGUGAUAAUGGUGGCGAUAACGUCGAAUCAGCUGGCUAUGGUUUUGUUCACUUUGAAACACAAGAAGCUGCUGAAAAGGCUAUUGCUAAAAUUAACGGAAUGUUGUUAAACGGUAAACAAGUUUUCGUUGGACCAUUUGUAAAGAAGACCGAACGUUUGAAGAUUUUGAGCAAUGAAGAUUCAUUCACCAAUAUUUAUGUUAAGAACCUUGAUGCAUCUGUUGAUGAAAAGGAACUCUCAGAAGUUUUCUCAAAGUUUGGAGAAAUUCAAAAUGCUGUCGUUAUGAGAGGAGAAAACGGCGCUUCAAAGGAAUUCGGUUUUAUUAACUUUGCUGAUCACGCUUCAGCACUUAUCGCUAUUGAUGAGAUGAAUGAAAAGGAUUUCAAAAAUAAGAAGUUGUUUGUUGGAAGAGCACAAAAGAAGAACGAAAGAAGAGCUAAAUUGAAGGAAUAUUUCCAAAAAUUGAAGCAAGAAAAGGUUAACAAAUAUAAGGGUUUGAAUCUCUAUGUUAAAAAUUUGGAUGAUUCUGUUGAUGAUGAAAGAUUGAGACAAGAAUUCUCUAAGUUUGGUGAUAUUACAUCUGCUAAAGUUAUGUCUGAUAACAAGCAAAGUAGAGGAUUUGGUUUCGUCUGUUUCAAGACUCCAGAAGCUGCCAACAAGGCUUUGACUGAAAUGUCUGGUCACAUGAUUGGAUCUAAACCACUUUACGUUAACUUUGCUCAACCAAAGGAACUCCGUCGUUCACAACUCGAGGCUCAAUACAAUGCUAGAAAACAACCACAAAUGAUCCCACAAAUGAUGCCACAAUUCUUCAUUCCUGCUCAAGGUGCUUUCCCACCUCCAGGAAGUCAAAUUAAGCCACGUUGGCAACCAGUUGCUGGUGGUCGUCAAUCCAACCAAAACCGUGGUGGUAUGUCUCGUGGUGGUUCAUCACAAAGAGGUGCUCGUGGUGGUAAUGCUAAUACUGCCAAGAAUGCUGGUCGUAUUAAAUACAACAACAAUGCUCGUAAUCAACCAAGAGAACAACCACAACAAACUACUCCAAACACUCAAGAAGCUCAAACUACACAAGCUCCAUCCGAUCAAUUGACUGCUGAAUACUUGGCUAAGCUUAGCGAACAAGAUCAAAAGCAAUUGUUGGGUGAAAGACUUUUCCCACUCGUUCACUUGAGAGAACCAAAGAAUGCACCAAAGAUUACUGGUAUGCUCUUGGAUAUGGAAGUUUCUGAUAUUUUGACAUUGAUUGAAUCUACUGAUGCUCUCAAUCAAAAGAUUAAGGAAGCUGUCAAAGUUUUGGUUGAACACGGUCAAAACGAUCAAUAAUUUCUUUGAUCCAUAAUUGAGGAACUGUUGUAUACUUGAACUUAACCCUAUAAGCCAUAAAAGAAAGAUCAAAAACCCAAAUAAAAAGUAGAAAUGCCUCAUGUGGUCAACAAUUAGUU